AAUCUAUCCACACCCUUUCUCUCUCUAAAAACCCAACCUCAUUCUUCUCUCUCACACACUUUCACCUACAACACACAGUUGGAUGAAUUAUGACUCGUCCCUAUAGAUUCUUGUCGUCAAUUGCUAACUCAUCUUCAUCAUUCGAUCAGACGGUGGCACAACCGCCGGAGGCAGUCGCCGUUGAGUCCGAUUUCGUUGUCAUUCUCGCCGCUCUCCUCUGUGCUCUGAUUUGUGUUCUAGGCCUUAUCGCGGUUGCUCGCUGCGCUUGGCUUCGUCGGGGAUCCAGUACCGCCGAAGACCGACGGAAUCCUGGCCAGACGACUGCGAAUAAAGGCAUUAAAAAGAAGAUCGUUGAGGCGCUACCGAAGUUCGUUUAUGAUUUGUCAAAGGAAGAAGGAUCAGAUGGGGGAAACUGUGAGAAGUUGUCAUCCAGCGAGUGUGCUAUUUGUCUGGCGGAGUACACGGAUGGAGACGAGAUCCGUAUUCUGCCGCCGUGCGGACAUGGAUUUCACGUCGGAUGUAUUGAUAUGUGGCUCAGUUCGCAUUCCUCGUGUCCGUCGUGUAGACAGAUGCUAGUGAUGACGAGAUGCCGGAAGUGCGGCGAGUUCCCGACGGUUUCCUCCGGACAAAUAUCGACGGAGGUGGAACAUAAAGGUGGACAACACGAUAGUAGCUCUUGUUCAAGUGAUUAUUUACCGUGAUAAAUUCAAACAAGGUUGAAGUGAUGCUUAAAUUGCUCCGUGAUAACGGAACAAAACGAAGUGUAAACGACGACGGCAGACGGUUGUGAUCUUGUGUUGUAGCUACGGAGUGGGGACUUUAGUUUGAAUGCAGGCUCCAAAAACAUGUGGUAUCAGAAUUUAGAAACAGGACAGUGCUUUUCUAGUUUCUCUUUUCCUCUUCUCUUCUGCUUGGGCAUUACCAUCAUUCUACUUGUACUUCUCAUUCUAUUUUCUCAAACUUAAUUUCUACUAAUUUGUUCAUAAUUCGUUUGAAUUAUCGUUCAGAGUAUAGAAUCUAAGGAAUGGGUUUAAAUCA